UUAUAUAAAACGAAAAAAGAACGAAGGAGCUACGUUUUUUGUGCUCAAACCCCUUCAUUUUCAUAUUAUCAUUCAUUCAUAUCACAAAUUAUCUACAUCAACAACAAAAAAAUCCAAAUAAUAAAACAUUUAUCAUAUAUCUCUAUAGUGUAUGUAGUUAUCUAGCUAUAGAUAUAGCUUCAAUUCAUGUUGGUGUGAUUUGAAUUGUGGUUUGAGAGAGAGAUAAUAAAGAUGGGGAGAGGAAGAGUGCAGUUGAAGAGGAUUGAGAACAAAAUCAAUAGACAAGUAACUUUUUCGAAAAGACGGUCUGGUUUGUUGAAGAAAGCUCAUGAGAUCUCUGUUCUUUGUGAUGCUGAAGUUGCUCUCAUAGUUUUCUCUACUAAAGGCAAGCUUUUUGAAUACUCUAGCGAUCCUUGUAUGGAAAGAAUUCUUGAACGAUAUGAGAGAUAUUCUUAUACGGAGAGACAGCUUGUUGCAAAUGAUCAAUCACCAAAUGAAAACUGGGUUCUAGAACAUGCAAAACUGAAAGCUAGGGUGGAAGUACUUCAGAAAAAUCAAAGGAAUUAUAUGGGAGAAGAGUUGGAUGGGUUAAGUCUCAAAGAGCUUCAGAGUUUGGAACAACAACUUGAUUCUGCUCUCAAACACAUUAGGUCACGGAAGAAUCAAGUCAUGUAUGAAUCUAUUUCAGAACUUCAGAAAAAGGAUAAGGCACUCCAAGAACAUAACAACUUGCUCGCCAAGAAGAUAAAGGAAAAAGAGAAAGAACUUGCUCAAGAGGAGGUGCAAAAUAGCAUGGAGGUGGCUCUAAUUGAAACUCAACCAUUGGAAUCCAUGAUUGCAGGAGGGUCCUCCUUACAAGAAAAUUGCAACGAAGAAACCGGAGCAGAAACUCGAGGAAGUGCCGUUCUUCCGCCGUGGAUGAUUCGUCCUUUAAAUGAAUAGAUGAGAGGACAGUUACGUUGUAUCAGUUUUCUUUAUUAAAAAACACAGAUACAUGUUGUUGUAGGAAGCCUAUAAAUAUACAUAUGAUCAAUACCUGCACUGUAAUUGUGUAAUCAUGCAACAGGUUUGACUCAAUUUCAAUGUAUGGCCAUGCUAAAAUGGGCUAGCUAUAGAUACAAGGCUAUGGUGUAUAAUAUUGUAUACAUAUACAUUGAGUAUUGUUUAUGGUAAUGUUUAAAUAUAAGGAUUAUAAAGAGA